GCUUAAUUUUAUAAAACAGUAGCUUCACUACUGGACAAAGACCAUCCUCUCUUUGUAUAUAAAAUGUAACACAAUCUCGCUAGAAGAAUUUUAUAAGAAACAUUUAAAUUUUAAUUCGCUCUAAGAAAUUUACGAGAUUUUUUUUUUUUUUUAUGGAUCGUGGCAAUAACGAAGCAUUCGUGAUCAAAUGGGACACGAGAAAUCACUGCCUUGCUCCCCCGCCACCACCGCAGCCACCUGUAACGCAACCAACCAGGCUUUACGAAGCGGCUGUGGCCCCACCACCGGCGUUCUCAGUGGGCCGGGAAAACAGAGAGGUCAGUGGGCUUGUGGAGUUGUUUCAGGCCUAUGGUAUCAGGUACUACACGGCUGCGAAGAUUGCUGAGUUGGGCUUCACUGUCAACACUCUUCUUGAUAUGAGAGAUGAGGAGCUGGAUGAGAUGAUGAAUAGUCUCUCUCAGAUUUUUCGUUGGGAUCUUCUGGUUGGGGAGAGGUAUGGCAUUAAGGCUUCGGUGAGAGCCGAACGUCGUCGACUUGAUGAUGAAGAUGAUUCGCGUCGGUUGCGGCAGUUUCAUGAUACUGCCCUCGAUGCACUCUCGCAAGAAGGAUUAUCAGAGGAGCAUGUUCAGCAAGAGAAGGAAGCAGCGGCGAGUGGCGGAGGAGGGACUUGGGAGGCAGCGGCGAGUGGAAAAAAGCAGCAACGACGGAAGAAGGCCAAGUCGAAAAUAAGUUCGAUGGAGGAUGAUGAGGCUGAUAGUGAUCGAGCGGAUCACACUAAAGACGACAAUGUGGCGACUGUUGAGAGGCAGAGGGAGCAUCCAUUCAUUGUGACGGAACCAGGAGAGGUAGCUCGCGGAAAAAAGAACGGCCUGGAUUACUUAUUCCAUCUCUAUGAGCAGUGCCGUGAAUUUCUUGUCCAUGUCCAAAGUAUUGCCAAGGAGAAAGGUGAAAAAUGUCCCACCAAGGUGACAAACCAAGUGUUCAGGUACGCGAAGAAAGCAGGAGCAAGCUACAUCAACAAGCCCAAAAUGCGACAUUAUGUGCACUGCUACGCGCUUCAUUGCCUGGACGAGGAGGCCUCUAAUGCAUUGAGGAGAUUAUACAAAGAACGAGGAGAGAAUGUGGGAGCUUGGAGGCAGGCUUGUUACAAGCCUUUAGUGGCCAUAGCAGCUCAAAAAGGCUGGGAUAUCGACCUCAUCUUCAACACACAUCCCCGGCUUUCUAUCUGGUAUGUGCCCACCAAGCUGCGUCAGCUUUGCCAUGCUGAGCGCAGCUGCGUUGCGGCUUCUGCAGCUGCAACAACUGGGACUCAUCAUCUGACCUUCUAAGACGUUGAAUCAGUGAACUCAUUUCCAGUCUGUAUUUCUAGAAUUCUCAGUGUGUUACUUUACUUUUGAGUCAAAUGUAAUUGUGUUCUGGAUUUUGUGAUGUUUAGACUGCGUUCAUUUCAAGAGUAUUUUAUUUUUCAUGUGACAAGGAGUUGUAUCUUAUAAUUUGUAUUUGGAUAAUUUUAACUUUUUAAUAACUUAUAAGUUAUAAAAAUAAAAAUAAUUUAUGUAUUAAUUCAGAAUUUAUGAAUACCUUUUAUAA